UAAUUUUUUUUUUCAUAACAUCAUUUACAAAGAAGUUAUAAGCAAAUUUCCAAAUAGUUCUUAUCAGGGGUUAUCAAAAUUGUAUUUGUUUAUCAUUAUUCAUUAUUAAUGAAUAUUAGUAUAUUACUGCAAUUUUCAUCUGUGACUGGUAACUUUGUUUAAUGUUUAUUUAUUCAGUUAAUUGUUUAUUUCGAUUAUUAGUUUGAAUUACUAUUGAUUAUGUCUCGUGGUAUGAACGAUUAUGAAAUAUUAGCCGAACUAGAUGAACUUCUAGCGAAUGCGGAAUCUGACGACGAAUUUGGAUUUGAUGACACGUUCCCACUUGAUGAUGACAUCCAAACUCAAGAUUGUGACAAUGAUGAAACCUUUGAAAUUGAUAUUGAUCCACAUCAAUCACCUUCUACGCCAGAAAUACGACCAAUUACUUGUCUUCAAAAACCAAGAAAUAUACCAAAAGUAAAAACAAAAAAGAAACAAGGAUUAACUACACCGAAUUUCAAAUGGAAAAGUGGACCAUUUAAACCUAACAUUCAUGAAUUUGAUUCAAGUGAAAGUGGCAUAAAAAAAAUUGAGUUUGAACUCGGUGAAAAUUCACCUGUAAUUGAUUUUUUUGAAUGUUUUUUCACACCUUCACUGUUGGGUAAAGUAGCAUUCGAAACAAACCGCUAUUAUCGACAGAAUACAGAAAAUCAAGAUCUUGGAGACCGUGAUAAACGUUGGUACGAUACAACGUCUGAAGAAAUGUAUUUGUUUAUUGCAAUAAAUAUGCUGAUGGCUAGGAACAAAAAACUUGAACUUCAAGAAUACUGGUCAACUGAUCCAUUACUUUAUACACCUAUAUUUGGACAAAUUAUGAGUAGAAAUAGAUAUCAGAUUCUACUUCGGUAUAUCCACUUUACCAACAAUGAACAUCAAGCGGCCAAUGAUAGGUUAUAUAAAAUAAAAAUGGUUCUAAAUGAAGUUAAAAAAAAUUUCAGAGAUGCUAUGGUUCCAUUUCAAAGCCUUGUAAUUGACGAAAGUCUACUUUUGUGGAAAGGUCGACUCUCUUUCAAGCAAUUUAUUCGAACUAAAAGACAUCGUUUUGGUAUCAAGUUCUUUAUACUAUGUGAUGUAGAAACAGACUUUAUAUUAGAUUUUGUUAUAUACACUGGUAAAACUACUGAGUUAAAAGCCUGUGAUGUAAAUCUUGGACAAUCUGGAGCUGUAGUUUGUACAUUGUUGCGUGGAUAUUUGAAAAAAGGUCGUACAUUAUUCACGGAUAAUUGGUAUACUUCACCAUUGCUUUCAACAUAUCUACAUAAGAAUAAAACAAAUAGUUGUGGGACUGUUCGGAAAACUCGAAGAGGAAUGCCAGAGCUCAAGAAUAAAUUAAAAAUUGGUGAAACACAAAGUUUACAUACUAAUAAAAUGUUGGCAAUGAGAUGGUUGGAUAGACGGGAUGUUUAUAUGCUUACAACUUGUUUCACAGAUAAAAUGUUAUGUACUGGAAAAACAGAUAUUGAAAAUAAAAACAUUAGAAAGCCAGAUUGCAUUAUAAAAUAUAAUGAAAGCAUGGGCUCUGUGGACAAGACAGACAUGCUUCUGAGUAGUGUAGAGUGUGUACGCAAGACCAUAAAAUGGUACAAAAAGGUGUAUUUUCAUUUGAUAGAUAUGUCUCUACUGAAUUCAUACUCAGCUUACAAACAAGUUACAGGAAAGAAUCCACCUCUAGCCGACUUUCAGUUGACACUUAUAAGACAAAUUAUGGAUAGGUACAAGUCCACUGUAAAAAGUCCAAAAUUAUAUAGAAAAAAAGAUGAUGAGCUAUUACAAGGUAAAAAAAAACAUUUUCUAUCUGAAGUUCAAUCCACCGCACAAGGAAAAUUUGCCAGGAGAAGAUGUGUCAUAUGCAGUAUCAACAAAAAAAGAAAAGAUACAAAAUAUUUUUGUAAGGAAUGCAAAGUGGGUCUAUGUGCUGUACCAUGCUUUGAACUUUACCAUAAAAAUAAAUAAAAUAAAACUUGUACACUUGUUUAGUAUUUUAUUUAUUAUUUUAUUUUAUUAUAAAUGUAUUUUGUUGUAUUCCUUGUUUGUAUUAUAUUUCACUUAUUAUUUUGUAAAAAGAAUAAUAAAUUACAGUAAUAUUUGAACGGUUUAGUAUUUAUUGACGUAAUUGAUUACCGUACAACAAUAAUCGUUACAUUUUAGGAAACCCUGGCCAAAACAUUUGUAUUAGCUAAUUACUUAGUAAUUAAUUGAUGAAUAUUUUUUUUUUUUUUUUCUAUGAAUUUAUUUAUUUAUAAGUAUUGAAAAAUAAAAUGAGGUAAACAUAAAAAAAAUUAAAAAAAACAUGGGCUUGUGGAGGUGCCAUUGCAAAAUGUGUCUGGGCAUUGAAAA